CCUCCUCUAUUCGUUUCUCUACCCUUAUGCAAACACGACACAUCCCAGCCAGCCACCGAAAUCUCACCAGCAGAACAAUGAAACCAAAACGCAUCCUUGUCCCUCCUCGUACCAUGUUCUCUGCUUCUUCUUCUUCUUCUUCAACGCCCCAUGUAGAAUUCCAGCGUAACAAACCCAAUCCUCCUCUGUUGCUUUCUGUAGCCGUUUCUCUCUUUCAGGACCCUGAUUCAUUGCCCUCAGUAUCAGCCUGCAACUCCCUCAUAGACAACCUGCGAAAGGCAAGACAACAUGACCUACUCUUGUCGGUUUAUUCCAAGAUGGCACGCGCUUCUUCUGUUUUGCCUAGUUUUACUUCCCUCAGUGCUUUAAUUGAGAGUUUUGUCAACACCCACAAGCCAAAAUCGGCUUUUGGGGUCCUGGGCUUGAUGUUAAAGCGUGGUUUUGACGUUAAUGUGUAUAAUUCCAACCUUGUGUUGAAGGGUUUUUCUCAAACUCGUGAUAAUUGUGACAAGGCCAUGGUUUUGUUUUGCCAAAUGAAGAGGAAUUGUGUUUUGCCUGAUACCUUUAGUUACAAUACUCAUAUAAAUGGACUUUGUAAAGCUAAGAGAUUGGUAGAAGCUAGGGGGUUGUUUGAGGACAUGAAGGCCGGGGAAUUCCCUCCCAACUUGGUCACGUUUAGUACUUUGAUUGAUGGUCUUUGUAAGAAUGGAGCAGUUGAUGAGGGUCUGGAUUUGUUGGAGGAGAUGAGGAAGAAGGGUUUGGAUGCAGAUGUUUUUCUCUAUAGUUCUCUCAUUAGUGCCUUUUGCAGCAUAGGUGACACUGAGAGGGGAAAGCAACUCUUUAAUGAGAUGUUGGAAAAAAAUGUUACUCCUAACGUGGUUACUUAUAGCUGUUUCAUGAAAGCUCUUUGCAAGGAUGGGAAGUGGGAAGAAGCCUCCAAAAUGUUGAAUGAUAUGACGACUCGGGGAGUUCAUCCUGAUGUUGUUGCUUAUACAACUUUAGCUGAUGGGCUAGGCAAAAAUGGGAGGGCAUCAGAUGCAAUGAAAGUAUUGGAUUUGAUGCUGCAAAAGGGGGAAGAGCCGAAUACUGUAACAUACAAUGCCAUCAUAAAUGGACUUUGUAAGGAAGGUCGGGUUGAUGAUGCACUUGGGAUUUUAAAAAUGAUGGCGAAGAAGGGGAAGAAACCGGAUGCCAUUACCUACAACACCUUAUUGAGAGGACUUUGUGGAGUUGGCCAAAUUGAGGAGGCAAUAGACCUUUUGACGCUGUUAUUGAGCAAGGAGUUCCAUAUCAAGCCUGAUGUCUUCACAUUUAAUUUUCUUAUUCAGGGGCUUUGCAAGGAACGGCGUCUUCGUGAUGCCGUAAAGGUCCAUUCUACAAUGGUUCAAAUGGGGUUCCCUGGUAACUUAGUGACUUACAAUAGUUUGAUUGAGGGUUAUCUAAAUGUUGGAAAACUUACUAAGGCAUUGGAGCUAUGGAAAUGUGCAGUAGACUUAGGAUUUUCCCCCGACUCAAUGACCUAUAGUGUCAUGAUCAAUGGUCUUUGCAAAAUGCAGAUGCUAAGUAUUGCAAAAGGACUUUUCAAUAAAAGUAGAGCUUGUGGGGUUAGACCUGGAGUAAAUGAUUACAAUGCACUGAUGACAUCCCUGUGCAGGGAAGGUAGUUUAGAGCAGGCUAGGAAUUUAUUUCGAGAAAUGAGAAAUAUGAAUCAUGAUCCUUCUCCCAUUCCUUCUUCUCAGAAGCAUCAAUAUCAGCACACUUUUUAGUAAGGUGCUCGGACAAACCUUGACCCAAAAACCAGAUCUCAACAGCAUUGGACCAAUCUAGAUAAUUUGCCUCAUUCAACUUCUCAGAAGUGAUAACAGGAGUCCCAGAAAAAGCAAAUGAGAUGAGACUCUUCUUCUCACCCUUGGGAGACUUAUCCUUCAGCAAAUCCUCCAUGAAGAAAAAGAACAAACAGAGACAGGGAAAACAACCGCAACCAAACAAAUCCAAACACACUUCAAACGAAAGGCUCACUGACUGGAACAGGCCAAAAAACAGAAACAAGAGACCUCAAACACAGAAACGAACCACAGAAGAGGAAUCC